AUGGAGCAGUCGCCAGAAGAUCCUUUCGCUCCUCGAGGCAUCGCGAAACUCUCUAAGUCCAAGUCCUACGACCGAUGGCUCCUAGACCCGCAGAAGCCAUUGAAGGGGCUACAGCAGCCGCCACCCAAUCGCAUGAGCCAGUGGGCGGCAAUCGCCGUCGCUUCCCUGCUCUUCUCUCUCAUCCUCCUUAAUCCGACGGUUCUUGACGACGCUCUCUCAAUCGUGAUGAGGCCAAUCAGUCCCAGCCACGUGGAGGUCUUUACACGUGGGCUGGCAACGCUUCAAUGGUGGGAGGAUCAGUAUCCCCCUCCGCUAUCGCCGCCAGAAAGCGCGGAGCUCAAGGAGCAACAACCAGGACAUAUUCAAUGGAAGACGUUUAGAAUAACGCGCGUCGCGGCGUUCAACGUCGACAGAAGAAUCAUCAAGCAGACCAAGCAGGCGGGGUUUCAACUCGUCCCGCUCGCCGCGCCGCCGCUUCUUGAAGACCUAACGUGGGAUGACAUUUUCGCGGACCGGUUCGACGACGACCCAACGCCGCAGUGCCCGAAGCUGCCGCUGCCUGAAUGGUCGCAGGAUCUUCGCACGGUCGAUGCAAUGAUCGCGCAUAUGCCGUGCCAACCCGUCAACGGGUCGUUCGCGAGGGACGUGAGAUGGCACCAGCUGGUGCUUACAGUCGCCGAAUAUGUCAAACAGUCCGCGCACUCCUGGAUGCCCGUGGUCGUUCUCUCCGACUGCCGCCCUCCGCCCAACCUCUUCCAUUGCAACCGGCUAGUGCACCGCGACGGGCCCGUCUGGCUCUUUAACUUGACGGUCGCCGACAUGCGCCGCCGGCUGCAGCCCGUUGGGAACUGCGCGCUCGCCACCCCGGAACCCCAGCUGCUGCCAGAUCAGCAGCCGGCCGCUGCGCGCCGAGUCGCGUAUGCUACAGUGCUGCACAGCAAGGAGGAUUACGUGUGCGGAGCGAUCGCGCUGGCGAACAGCCUCCGGCGGAGCGGAACGCGCGCGAACCUGGUAGCGCUGGUUUCCACGGAGAUCGGGAACUUCAGCCGCGGAGGCCUAGAGGCGGCGGGGUGGCGGCUGAUUGAUAUUGAGAGGAUACGCAACCCGUACGGACGCGCCGGCACGUACAACCAGUGGAAUUACAGCAAGCUCCGAUUGUGGCAGCUGACGGAGUAUGCAAAGGUGGUGUUCGUGGACGCGGAUAUCCUCGUUUUAAGAAACAUGGACCACCUGUUCGAGUACCCCGAGCUGUCGGCGCGCAGCAACAGCCGGCGCUUCUUCAACUCGGGCGUGAUGGUGAUUGAGCCGUCGCAGUGUACAUUCGAGCUUAUGAUGGAAAACAUUGAACUGAUUCAGUCCUACAACGGUGGCGAUCAGGGCUUCGUGAACGACGUGUUUUACUGGUGGCACCGCCUGCCCAAGUCCAUCAACACUCUCAAAUACAUCAACGCGGACGACAGCCCCAAGCGCGAUCUCGAGACGGAAACCCUAGAUUCGCUCAUCGCGUCCGAUCCGCCCACCAUUCACGCGCUGCAUUUCCUGGGCAAGAAACCCUGGCGGUGUUACCGCGACUUCGACUGUAACAUUGUUAUGAACACGCACAGGAGGUUUGUGCAUCACGGCGCGCAUAAGCUGUGGUUUACGCUGCACGAUUCGAUGUCCGAGGAGCUACAGGAGCACUGUCUUCCUAAGAAUAACGACAAGGCUGGUAUCGAGUACAGGAUGGAGCUGCUUAUGGAGGAGAAUCAGCCGCCUGAGCUGUGGAAUUUCACACUUACGGAUCCGAGGAGAGAGAUGUGCGCCCCGCAGCAGUCGCAUUGCAAGUGGCGGAACAACUUGAAGGGGUUUCGGAAGAACAAGAAGAAGGACAUGGCGAAGGACAGGGAAAGAGAGGAGAAGAUGAGGGAGGAGAAGAUGCGGGAGGAGCACAGGGAUUAG